UCGUGUGUGACGUCAUCGCGUAGUCUCAAGGCUCCUUUAUUUAAAAGUGGCUCGCGAUGCUCGGAAGUAAUAGUUACCAUUUUAUUUUGUUUUGAUUUACGUUGUUUUACUAGUAUUUUGAUCCAUAAAUAGAUUCCAUGUGACCGUCUUGUGCGUUAAAAUUUGAUACGGUUAUGCCGACACAGUUAUUACCGUACAAUAGCAUUGUCUGCUAAUGUAAACAGCCUUGGGACAAAACAUCUUUUUUUUUUUUUUUUUGCUCAGGUUUGUGCUUAUCAGUCCAAAAAUCCUACUUCUGAGUAGAGCAGGAGUUCCGUUGUAACCGAAUCUCCCCAGCAAGUGUCAAAGGUGUUACCUAGAUCGACUGCAAGAUGAACUGGGACCGCCAGGUGAGCUCCAUCCUCUCUGCAGCUGACGACAGCGUGGCUAACAUGAGGGGGAGACUGUCCUCACUGGGAAACGCAAGCAAAAGAGAAGAAGAGUCAUUUCAAUUCAAGGAGAAGUUUCAUGAUUCCGAUUUUGACACCCUUGCCGUCAGCGCUCCAUCAUCUAGUGCACAGCAGGUUCCUCCUUUCAAUCCUGGGGUGCAGUGGGCAGAUAUAGCCUCCAUCCAGUCUCAGCUCCAGACACAGAACCAGGCAAUGGAGUCACUCACCAAGAAGCUCAGCGACAUCGAACGGGAGAAGCAUUCUCAGCAAUUUCACAUCCAGACGCUUCAAGCCGAGGUGGACCGAUUGCGUCAAGACUUGAGAGGAAGGAGACGUGAGAAGGACUUUGCAGAACAGGAGCAAGUCAUGAGUGAUGUUGGAACGAGCGCCUUCCCUAAAGAGAGCUGGAGCUCCAAGACGUGUCGAGCGGAACUGGAACAUCUACGCAAAGAAGUAGAGCAGCUGAAAACACGACUGAGGAGGCAAGAGGAGGCCAUGAUGCUCCAGGAGAAAGAGGCCCGAGAGAACCGGAGACAGUGCCAGCAUAGCAGUGAGCAGAUGCUUCAGGAGCUGACAGAUCGCUACAAAUCUCACAGCACAGAUCUGGCCAAACGUUCCUUUGAGUAUGUGCAAAAGGAGGUCCACCAUAUCAGCAACGCCGUGUCAGAGCUCGAGGGCGAGGUCAUACGUCUGCGUGAGCGCCAAGUCACGUUAACAGCAAAGCAAAAAUCUUCGGACUCAGAUGACUUCAGCCCGACAGUGAGCCUGGCUGAGGACAGCUCGGAUCUCUCACUGCUGGACGAUCUUGCUCUCAAGCGUCAGAGUAUUCCAUCCGGAGACAAGAACGACUUCCUAGACGAGAAGGAAUAUGAUGACCGAGAAUUUGGAUCCGACCUGAGUCUGACGGAUUUCUGAUCUUCUUUUCUGUGAGGCAAGUCCUGUAGCCUGCGGAACUCCGGCCUGUUGUCUCGUCGUCGGAGUUUGAGGAAGAGGAGCAGGGUGAUGACGGCGGCGCUGAUGAUGAAGGCCGACACCAGGCCGGCCAGCAGGGGAUCCAGCUUCGGGGAGUCAUGGACCAUGAUGGCUGGAGCGGGACCACAAAGCACAAGAGAUGCAUUUUAAUGUCAUUUAAAUGUACUCAUUUUUAUUCGCCAUAUGAUGAUUUUUAAUUAAAUUGUUAUCAUUUGAAUUUUA